UAGCUUACAUACAAAAUCAUUAGCAAAAUUUUCUAAGUUGAAAAAGAGGCAAACUUUUGCCAACAGGUGAGACCAUCCCAUGAUGUCAAAGAUAUAUGGAAAAUAUGAAACAUUCUUACAUGCAAAAAAUGUUUAAAUGGGUAUAAUUUUGACCAAAUAAAGCUAGAGUAAAGUAAUUUGCCAUAUGAGGUCACUUCAUGAUGCCACAAAGACAUGUGUGAAGACUGAAAGCAUAUGGCCAAGUAUUUUAUGAAAAAUAUGCUUACAUGCAAAACUUUUAACGAAGUUGAAAUGGGGCCAUAACACUGGCAAAAUUGCGGGAUUGUAACUGAAAUCGAACUUGGUCUGCAUUUUAUAAUAAUGUACCUUUGUACCAACUAGAUACCCAUGGGCAACAUGUCGAGCCCGCCCUUUGACCCCUAACUGUGACCUUGACCUUUGAGAUAGAGUCUGUCUCAUUGAGUUAAACAUUCAUGCCAAAUAUAAACAAGAUUCCUCAAUGCAUGUCAAAGUUAAGGGCCGGACAAGAUCUGACAUGACCUCCUACUGCUAUCUUGACUGUUGAGAUAGGAACCUGGGGUUUGCGCAUGACACUCCGUCUCAAUGAGGUUAACAUUCAUCCCAAAUAUAAACAAGACUGCUCCAUGCAUGUCAAAAUUAUUGUCUGGACAAACAAAUCUGGAUGGACGCACGCACAUACACACAUGCAUGCACAGACACACGCACAUACACCAAACAGCCAUUUGGACAACUAGCGGGCUCGACAAAAAUGAAUUUAAUCAAUUAGCCUUUCAAAAGUUAUCAAACAAAAAUCAACAUUUUGCAAAAUUUCAAGUCAAAAAUGGGUCAUAACUCUGCCAAAAAUUGGUAGACUGUAAUCUGUGUACCAAACAAAAAUUCUAUUCAUCCUUUUAAUAGGGGCAUCAGCAUUUUGCAAAAAGGGGCCAUAACUCUACCAAAAAUUGGCUGAUUGUAUUAAAAUGAAAAUCAACUUUGCCUGUUUUUUUUUAUAAUCAUGUACCUCUGUACCAAAAAUAAAUUCAAUCCUUUCAUCCGUUUCAAGAGUUAUCAAAUGAACAUCAACAUUUUGCUAAAAGUCAAAAAAGGGCCAUAACUUGUGCAAAAAUUAGUGGAUUUUAACCAAAAUCAGCUCUGUAUCUUAUGAUUAUACACCAGUGUUUCUUUACUUGCUGAGCCAUUUUUAGUCCGAUAGUCACUUGUGACUGUAACCUUUGAGCUAUUUCCUCCCAAAAUAACAGGAGUAGGUAAAAGUAGGCCCAAGCAUUCUGUAGUUAUUGUAUGGAAACCAAAUUGUCUACCUGUGGACAAACCAGCAGACUUACCAACUAACUGAUAAUGAGAAAACUAUAUACUACCCUCUUUUUUGAACUGGGGCAUAACAAAAACAAACUCAGAUACAAGACAUUAAAUAUCUAACAUCUAACCGAAGCAUAUAUACACAUCUAAUAUUUAUGUAUAUUAAUUAAAGACCUCUGCAUCUAGAUGCUAGGGUACAGCGUCCGACUGCUAACCAAUAGGACAAAGUUUUUAACCCCAGAUAGAGUGGAAUUUGAUCAAGGUUGCUUAACUUAAUGUACUUGUUUGAAUUUCAGAAAGAAGUAAACAUAUUAACCUUAAGCCUGCUGCUGGCAAGUGAUUCUGCCUUUGCGAGAAGUGUAGACCAAGAUCAGCCAGCACAUCUUGAUCACGGUCUGCACUGUUCACUAAUUGGUCAGUAAAUUUUCAGUGACACCCCUUCAAAUAAUACAUGGAACUGCCCAAAUUGAAUGAUGGACCAGUCCAUUUUAGAAAUUUAGCAGAGUAAAGGUAAACAAAAUAUGUAAAAACUUUCAAUGUAUAGCUGGACCUGCCUUAGCAGUCACCUGUAAUAAACAAUCACUUGCCUUUAGUCAGUCGGCUUACUUCCCAAAUAUGACUUUUUUAUUUCAACUUGUUUAAUACAGCCAGACUUUGUCGUUCCCUCGACUGGCUGCUUAAUACAGGUUUGAUGUACACUAAAUUACUUUACAUUUGUUCAACUUACUCAACAGUUAAAUACCAAAAGCACCUUGUAAUUAAUUACAACAGACCAAAAGAAACAUAAACUAGGAGGAAUGGCUUAAAGGUCAAGGACAUUAAGCAAAAAAGAUGAACAGACAUGAUACACAUGUACUAUGAAAUGAUGGGCUAAAUUCAGAACCACUUUACAAUCAUCACAUUGCAUACAAACAUUUUUAAUCAUAUUACCCAGUAUGCAUUUACAAGCAUUACUUCCUGUUUAAUACAGAUAAAUGCUUUCUGUACUUUGAUUGUUUAAGUAUCUUAAAGCCGGACAACAAAUGAUAUGAAACAUGACUCUCCUUACAUAUAAGAUUAUCUGUACUGAAUGUGAAACCGGGAUAAGACACAAGAUGACAUUAAGAUUUUGGAGAGAACGACAAUGACUGAAGGUACUGAAACAGCCAGCAAGACAGAUACAAAAGUUUAUGAAUUGGAUGAAGAGAUGGAAAUGUUUUGUGAAUUCUGUUACAAAGAUGGAAAACAGAACCAGCCAGCUGAUGGAUUUUGUGUGGAAUGUGUCACUUACUUCUGUGCCACAUGUUUGAAUUAUCACGAGAAGUUUCAUCCAAAUCAUACCCAGCAAGACAAGGACAAAAUGCCUCAAGACUUCUAUAUACAGACAUGCUCACAACAUUCUGAUGCACUGAUUAAAUUCUACUGUCUAACAUGUGAAACCACAGCAUGUUCCACUUCUAGAGUUAAUGAUCAUGAACACUGUGAGGAAAUACAUCAUUUGCCACAAUUAGUUAAGGACUUUGACAAAAUCAAAGAACUUGUUGAUAUAAAAAAUGCAAUAGAAGAAGCUGAGAAAGAGGUGGAUGCUAUAGAACUUAUUGUUGAUGGCGGCAUGGAAAAAAUAAAACAGUACAACAACGAAGCAAAAUGUGCAUUGAAAAAGGACAGAAAAGAAAUAAAUGAACUAUUUGAUGAACUAGAAAAUGAAGUAAAUGACGUUGAAACGUUGGACAGUGAAAACCUGGAAAUGGUGGAAGGAAAUAUUAUAUUAACAAAAGCCAAAAUAAAAACUCUUAAAUCUCAAAUAGAAAAUAAAAUAGUAGAUAUUACAAGAAGUGAAGUUUUUGUGGCAGCAAAAGAGGCAAAGAUGAAAAGUCAAUCAAUCUUAAACAAUCUGAAAGACACAAGAACACAUUUAGAAGAGACUGAAAUAUCAAAAUAUGUGUAUGUACCAACUAAAAAGACACCUCAAGAUAGUAGGCAUGGAAAACUAACAGCACAUAAAGAAAAAGUUAAAAAUGAUAAAUUACUGGUGUGGUUAUUGGUUGUGCUUUUAUCAGCUUUAACAAUUGAUAUUUUUCUGAUUCACUUCGAAACAUCACCAGAAUCGCAUGAAAUCAAACUGUCCUUUGAUCCACAACAACUGUGCUAUAUUUCAAAAGAAAAUCUCUUAGCUAUAGCAUUUUCUCAAAAUACUCUUCAUACUAUUAAUAUAACAGAUGGCAGACAUAAUGAGAUUCUGAAUGGCAGACGAGCCUAUACUAGUACAAGCAUAACUACAAUGAAGGAUAACAUGGUAGCAAUUUUGUCGUCUGAUGGUUAUAUCCUAAUGCAUGACGUUACGUACACAAAUGUCAAAAAGUACAGACAAAGCAUAUAUGUACCGAAACAUGGACAGCAUAUCGCAUACAGCAAUAAUAUUUUCUAUAUUCUGUACGGUGGUGAGGAACGCCACAUAGAAAGCUACAAUAUGAAUGGUCAACUUCUAACCAACAUCCCCAUAUGGAAUAAGUUUCAAAUCAUCAGCCCCUGGAACAUUGCAGUCAGUCCUAAUAACAACAUCAUAUAUUUAACUGAUUCAGACCUAGUGAUAAUGUUAACUAUGGAUGGAACUGUUCAAGGCUAUUUCAGACAUAUAGAUCUUAUAAGACCAAUUGGAAUGGCAAUAGACACAGCAGGAAACCUAUAUGUUUGUGGCUAUGUCUCUAACAACGUGUUUAAAAUUUCCCCCGAUUUUUCUCAUGGCUAUGAAAUUCUUGGCAAAAGACAUGGUCUGAAUCGUCCAUUUAGUAUCACACAAAAUGAAAAGGAAAAUGAACUUCCUGUUGGAUCUUUCGGUAGAAAAUCCAUACAAGUCUUUAAAUUAAGUCAAACAUGGUUUCAGUAUAUCAGAUCAUUUUUUUAAACUACUAGUAAUGUUCUGCUGUUGCCUCCAUCAAAUAUAACAAGAGCUGUCAGUGGACAACGCGCUCGACUAUUCUGAGUGCUUGAUAGUAUAAUAUAAGCUAAGAUUAAAACUUUAACAUUACAAUAAGCAUAUUCUAAGUCGAAAUGGGGCCAUAAUUCAGUCAAAAUGCUUGAUAGAGUUGCCUCCUCCUUUUUACAGACUGGAGUCAUGAUGGUAAACAAGUAUGCAAAAUAUGAAAGCAAUAUAUCAAUGGACUUUGAAAAUAUUUGGGGUGGUACGCAAACUUCAACAUUUGUGUGACGCUCAAGCCGACGCCGGGGCGAGUAGGAUAGCUCCCCUAUUCUUUGAAUAGUCCAGCUAAAAACCUAAGUUACAUAGUUUCUUUUUUCUUUUUCUGUUUUCUUAACCCAGUUUUAAUCUUGGCCAAGAAUUCAAAGAGACAAACGGUCUUGAUGCAUGCAAAUCAAGAAUCAAGAUGUAAGACAAUCAAGAACAAGCAAAUUCGAUGAAUUGGUAUCCCCCGCCGAAAGGGUUUGUGGUGAGGAAUGGCAAAAAAUAUAUCCGUCAAAAAGUUAAGGAUGUUAAUAAGAAGCAAAUAAUUUCAUUAGUCAAAAUCAAUUUAACAGAAAACAAAUGUUUAAUUAAAGAGUACACAAUAAAUGUAUGAUACUUUGAUCCUGACCAAAGAAUUUAUUUUGAAUGGGAUAUGCUUAUUGUAAUAAGCUUAGCUUUUAAAAUUCAAUGCAGUUAUGUGAGCUUGAAGUUUAACUGGAACGAAAUAUUGCCUUUGAGUGGUUUGGCACCAGGUGUUGCUGAUUAUCAUGUACAUUUGAACUUAAAAGAACAAAUGUCCUUAAGAGAACACAGGUAAGAUAUCUUGAACAUGGCUGAGGGCAAUUCACAUGUUGAUUAUAAAUAUUGAUGGAAAAUUAAAAAUAAAAAAAAAUAAAAAAAAAAGUAAAAAGGGUGAAGUU